AUGUUGUUGGAAUUAUUGGCUGACCAACUUACUGAAGAACAAAUUGCCGAAUUCAAGGAAGCCUUCUCUCUAUUUGAUAAGGAUAAUGAUGGUACUAUUACCACUAAAGAACUCGGUACGGUAAUGAGGUCUCUUGGUCAAAAUCCAACUGAAGCAGAGUUGCAGGAUAUGAUCAACGAAGUUGAUGCCGAUGGUAAUGGUACAAUUGACUUUCCUGAAUUUUUGACCAUGAUGGCUCGCAAGAUGAAAGAUCACGAUUCUGAAGAAGAGAUUAAAGAGGCCUUCAAAGUAUUCGAUAAAGAUGGUAACGGUUUCAUUUCCGCCGCUGAAUUAAGACAUGUUAUGACAAACCUCGGUGAGAAACUUACUGACGAAGAAGUUGACGAAAUGAUUCGUGAAGCUGAUGUUGACGGUGACGGUCAAAUUAAUUAUGAAGAAUUCGUCAAGAUGAUGAUGACCAAGUAG